AUGGACGCAGAUGAUCAUGCGAACUUGUUCCGGUUUCCCUUCAAAAUCCCCACUUUCCGUGGUAUAAGGAAAGCAGGUGUGUACCUAUCAGGUGCCCUUUAUGCUCUAGGGUUUUGGAUAUUCUUGGAUGCAGUGCUUUUUUCUAGAUAUUCGAAUGCAUCAGACGUUCAUGUAACAUUCAUCGACUGGAUUCCGUUUCUCUGUAGCACACUUGGGACGCUAAUUGUGAACUCCAUCGAAAAAAAUAGGUUGUUGCAAGGUGCUUUAUCGUCAGAUGGUGGGGCCUUCGGUAGCGGUGGUGGUGACCUGGAUUCAAGCAUGGCAUGGCAAGCUCGUACCAUUUUAUUUUUUGGUUUUGCCUUAUUAGCUGGUGGCUUAUCAGGCUCCAUUGUCGUGUUAAUCAUCAAAUUUUUAAUCAAGAACUACGAUACCUAUCCAACUUUGGGGAUGGGAGUAAACAAUGUGUUGGGUAACGUGUGCAUAUUAUUAAGUUGUGUUGUUUUAUGGAUUGCUCAAAAUGUGGAAGACGAAUAUUCAUAUUCUUUGACGCUUUAA